AUGGCGAAACGAACGGCCAACUCCCACGGUAGUAACAAGAAGGCUUCCUCCUCAGGCAACAAGAAGCCACGAACGGACACUUCGCGCGCUCCCUUGGGCUCGUUCUUGACGACUCGUCACAACCCGGCUCGGUCGGGAAAGAAGGGCAAGGUCGUCUUGGAGAAGGAUGAGGACGAGUACGAUCUUGAGGAGGCCGUGUUUGGAAGAUCGACGAGGGCGAGGGAAGAGGAGGGGGAGGGGAGGGGACGACGAGGGGGAGAGGAUAGUGCGGAGGAUGAUGAGGAUCAGGAUGGGGCGGAGACGGGUUUGGAGAGACUGCAGGAUGAGAGCGUGCGUGCACAUCACAUUGGGAUGUGCAUCAUACGGAACACUGACACUCGAUGACUGUGCUUCGACAGCUCUUUUUCUUUGAUGCACCACCCGUCAUUGCGAGCACUUCGAAAGCAACCCAGCCUCAGCGCAGCGACGACGAGCACGAUGAAGCCGACCAGGAGAACGAAGAUGACGACGAAGAGAUCGACUGGGAAGCAGAAGAUCAACAAAGCGCCGAUGAAUCAUCAGGCGAGGGCUCGGACUCGGACGUUGCACCUCGCAAACCGACCACGCCGAGUAUCGUCAAGCUUCCCCGGUCGCGCAACCUUCGACAGGCGGUAUGGUUCGAUCCCGCCGAUGUCGACCUCACCAUCUCGUUGACCAGUGUGGCUCGAUUGAGAAAGCUGAGGCAGACCAAGGACGAGAAUGUCGUCAGUGGGUUGGAGUAUGAGACAAGGUUGAGGAGACAGUAAGUCUAUUGGGGUUUGGUCGCUUCGGGGCGCGGGCAAGUUCUGACAACCUCAUUCCUCCGAUCCCCCAUAGAUUCGAAAAGAUGCAUCCACCACCUGCUUGGGCCGUCGAGGCACGGCGAAAAGUGCUCAAACGAAAGGAGAAAGCUGCUCAACAAGGUGCAAGUGGUCUGGCCAGUGAUGACGAUGAUGACGAUGAUGACGAUGCCGAGGUCGACAGCGAUGCUGCCGCUGAAGAAGUCAACGACCUCUUCCGCACGACGGGCACGAUCAAAAGAAAAAGGACACGAGGCAUCCUCGCUUCGGGUGACAUUGACAUUGAUCGAGUCAGGGAUGCGAAUCAGGCCGAGACAUCGGGCAAGAAGAUCGUCACGUUGGGCUUCCACCCCCGCGCCCAAGUAUUGUUCUCCGCGACCGAUGACCGAAGGUUACGGCUCUUUCAAAUCGACGGCACCGAGAACCCUUUGCUGCAAACGCUGCACGUCCCCGAGCUACCCAUCACAACCGUUGCGUAUCACCCUUCGGGCUCCUCGUUGUUGAUGACCGGCCCACGACCUUACUUUGUCUCGUACGAUCUCCAAACGGGUCAGACGGUCAAACGAACGUUAUUGACCGGUGGGCUUGGCGGAUCUGAUCGAGCGAGCUCGGGAGGACAUGGUGGGAUGGAGCGAUUCGAAUUCUCGCCUGAUGGGGAGAUCCUGGCUGUAGGAGGAAGGAGAGGAUACGUCCAUCUUGUCGAUUGGGGCAAAGAAGGCGUCGGGAAAGGUGGGCAGGUGUUUGGCGAGGUCAAGAUGAACGUCGCGGUCAAGGGGAUUGCGUGGCAUAAGGAAGGAAAGGAGUUGAUGACGCUCGGGGAGGACUCGGAGGUCUAUGUCUGGGACGUUGGGACAAGGAAAUGUAUCACGCGAUGGAGGGACGAUGGUGGAUUCGGGGCGUGUGGGUUGGUUGCGGAUGCGUCGAGCAAGUACACCGCAGUCGCGUGAGUGCCCAUGCAUGCUCGGUGAUUGAUACACCGACCACACAUAUUGACUGAAACAUGUCUUCACACACUCUCGUAGAUCGACAACGGGAAUCGUGAACUUGUACGACUCUGCGACCUCAAGCCUUCCCGCCUCGGGUUCGGAACGGAAAGCGACCAAAGCGAUCGGCAACCUCGUCACCUCCGUCACAUCGAUGAAGUUCAACCACGACGCCCAGAUACUCGCUCUCGCCUCCGCGACGAACAAGGACCAACUCAAACUCGUCCAUACCGCUUCGGCGACGGUGUUUUCGAAUUGGCCUACGCAACAGACUCCGUUGCAUCAUGUGACGGCGAUGGAUUUCAGUAAGGGCAGCGAGUGGCUCGCGGUCGGGAACAAGAGGGGCAAGGUUCUGUUGUAUACGCUCAAAUCGUUCAUUUGA